CGGAUUAUCUGUACUGGGAAUAGAGCGAAUCACAGGAAUUGAAUUCAAUUGUCAACCAUUGUCUCGGAUAACUUGAUGAGGAUGUGGAUCUUGGGCUGGAGCAGCUCCAUUUGAUCGUAUCCUGUCAGCAUGACAGAUCGUUCCAGGACUGAAGGGAAUUCAGAAUAAAUAUGUCGGAGUGCACAGCAGUGAUUUCAUCCACGGGAAAUCCCUACAAAAUUGUUGACUGCACCAGAGAGAAGCGAAAAGGAAUUACAGCCUCUUCACUCGAGGAUCUCACUAAUGUGGCCAGAAGUAGAUUGGCACUGCCCUCCGAUGCCGAUCUCACUAUCGUGUUGGAGCAAGAUGGGACUGAGGUGGAUGACGAGGAGUAUUUUGCGACACUCGAGAGAAAUACGAGCCUGAUGGUACUCCAGGGGGAUGAAAAGUGGGCAGCUCCAGGCAGCGGUAAGACUGCAUCGCGUUACAUAGUUGUUGACAAUGUUGACAGCGUUGGUAGAACGAUCGAUGAGACAGUGCGACGUUAUCGAAGUCCAGUUGAGCCCCUGGUGUCGACAUUACACGGUGAUCCAUCACACAUUUCUCUCCUCGGUGGUAAUGAUCUCGAGUUGCUAAGUGAUAUGAAUCCAGACAGUCUAGCUGAUAUUGUACCGGAUAGACUGUUCUUGGAGCAGUUGAAGGAGGCGUCCGGGAGAUUUUUGGCGGAGAAACGACAGGCCCAGGAGUCAAUGGCACUUCUUCAGAUGUAUGCGACUGGGGGUGAAAUGGAGCGAGCGUAGGCCAUGUGGGGGGUGGGCGCCCUCACAUUGGCAAAUAUGUAUCGCGUCCGACGUCGUAUUUUUUACAGGGGACGACAAUUGCAGCAAACCCUCAUUCUCUUCUGGAAUUGAGCCCUUAAUUUUUCAGUUACCACUCGAUCCAACUGCAUUUUUGUUUCUCCAAUCAACUGGAUUUAUUCUCGAGGUUUAGCAGAGAAUUGAUUCCAAGGAUUUCGUCUCGUCGCCAGGGACUGAGAGUGGGAAUAUUGUUAUUGAUGUUUGCGAAGGAAUUCAGGAUAUUUCAGGAUAAAUGGUAUUGUACAUUGUGAGUAAAUAUUUGUACCAUUUAAUUCACCGAGUUAUAUCUAUUAACUAAUCAUCGAGUCGAGUGUAAAUGCGACUCUGUUAGAUGUUCGAUGAAACAGUCUAUAUUCUAAGGAAAUCGUUCAGAGAAAAAUUUCAUAUGUGUUCCUUAUAACUUAUUGAAAUUCUUUUUGAAAUGAAAAUGAAUUGAUGCUCACAUAGUCAUUAAAUCAUCCCAUUGCAUUAAUUUACAAUUGAUUAGAUCAAUUGAAUUGAUUCACGUGAAAUUUUUCUCUGGAUGUUAUAAAUCAGUAGAUAGUGAGUUUUCAGUCAUUUUUAGAAAAAAAUAUUUUCUUCUCGAUUAUUAAAAAAAUCGCUAUGACCGCCCGAGUCACAGUAACGCACCCCACGGAAUUGUAUAAUUGAUGCUCAGUAAGAAAAACAAAUGUAGCAUUUAAAUAAUCGAUUAAUGUUGUAUUAAUCGUAUAAUUAUUUCGAUCUAAUCGCUGAGAAGAGAAACAAGGAUUGUAUAUGUACUUCGGAGAAUAGGGUAACGUAAUAAAUCGCUUGGAUAACACCAAUUGGUGACAGAUUGUGUAGCUGUAUUCGGUUUAAUGAGAAAACAGGUAAAAAAAAAUAGGUAAAGGUGAAUAAUCCCCUAAUGAAGCACGAGGAAAAAUCGAGUAAAAGAUAAAUUGAGACAGCUUCGUAUGUAGAUUAACAAUCGAAAAAAUUGAAUAUUUUUUUGUGUUAAACCGACGUGCAAGCGAAUGAUUUAAAGACUGAAUUUAUAGAGAAAAUGUAUCAGCAUCAAAUCCAUCUAGAUCACCCAUUCACGAGUACACAAGAAAAUGCGACAAAAAAUAAAUAGGAUACUAAUACCAUACCAAGUGACACCAGAUAUCAAUCCUUUGAUACUAAGCGAAGUUGUGCAUUUGUUAGAUAAGAUUAAUUAUAAUGAAGAUAACAAUCCGAUAGAGUAGGUAAAUUGAAAUCAAAUUAAUUGAGUAAGAAUAAGGAAAUUAAUAGUUCUAGGGGCUUCUAAUAAAGACUGUAUGCUCGCGUCCUGCCCCCAUCCUCAUCACCUGUAAUUCCGCAUCAAUACGAUUUUUUAGAGGACUCAAGUCCAGUGAUAAGGUUCUAAUUUUACAAAUUCAAAGGAAAAAAAUAUUGUACAAAGUAAAUAAUAUGAGUCAAUAAUUCUGCCCCUCAAGCAAUUAUUUCUCGAUGUGAUUUUCGUUACUACUCAUAACUUUGAAUUAAUAAUGUAAUGGUAAUGCUGUUAUUCUAUAGAAAUGAAGAGAUAAAGUGAAGGUACGUGAGAAGCGGAAAAAUUCAUUGGAAUCUGGCAAUUUUCAGAUGAAAACACUGAUGAUAACUACUCUCUAUUUUGCUUGAUUGCUCAUUUUGCUCCAAUAAUUCUGGUGCUGCGAAAAAAUUUUUACAAUUGCAGGGCCAUUAUUGAUGUGAAGAAUUAUCGAAGUGAAAUGGGUCAUCGGUAGUUCAAUCGAGACCCUCUCAAUUUUUCAUUGACAUAUGUCCAACUCCUUUUUAUUUUCCUGGAUAUUCCAAAUAAUGUUGUCUUGGAAAAAAUUAACUCGUCGCCUUAUUUCACUCAAUGUUAAUUGCAGAGCUACUAAAAUAUGAUUCUAAGUGAAAUCAAUGAUCCAAAAAACAGUAAACUAAAAUAAAUAAAUAUACAAACAUAGGACUAAACGUAGUGUAAUAUGGAAAAUACUGACAGAAGCGAUGCAACGACCAGUAGAAAAAUAUUGGUAUAGAGACAAUGCUAAUAAUUUAAAAAACCGAACCGGCAGAAAUUAAUUUCGCCCACAAGUUUACAAAUAAUACUAAGGGAAGCUUUUAAAGGUUUUGCAUAAUCCAUUACCACAAGAGAACGGCAGCUAAGUUUGUACUUACAGUACGUGCUGUUAGUCAAUAACAAUCGAAUAGUCUACUGCCAUCAAAUGUUAAACAACAAGAAAAGAAAUUUUGAAA